GCGUGGGGAGACCGCGAGCUCCCUGGGCUCUCGUGGGCUCCUCCUCGCCGUCGUCUGCUCUGCACAGCUGCAAGUGGCCCCUGCUGCUGGCGGCCCGCGGCGGCGCGGCGCGACUCUGAGAGGCAAAAUGAGUUUGUUUGGAACGACCUCAAGCUUUGGAAGCAGCGGGACCAGCAUGUUUGGCAGCACGACCACAGAUAAUCACAACCCCAUGAAGGACAUUGAAGUGACCUCUUCCCCGGAUGACAGCAUCGGCUGUCUGUCUUUCAGCCCGCCCACCUUACCAGGGAACUUCCUCAUCGCUGGGUCAUGGGCAAAUGAUGUGCGCUGCUGGGAAGUUCAAGACAGUGGACAGACAAUUCCCAAAGCCCAGCAGAUGCACACCGGGCCUGUGCUCGAUGUCUGCUGGAGUGAUGAUGGGAGCAAAGUGUUUACUGCAUCUUGUGAUAAAACUGCCAAGAUGUGGGACCUUAACAGCAAUCAGGCGAUCCAGAUCGCACAGCACGAUGCUCCUGUUAAAACCAUACACUGGAUCAAAGCCCCCAACUACAGCUGUGUGAUGACCGGGAGCUGGGAUAAGACUCUGAAGUUCUGGGACACCAGGUCGUCAAACCCCAUGAUGGUUUUGCAACUCCCUGAGAGGUGUUACUGUGCUGAUGUGAUAUACCCGAUGGCCGUGGUGGCGACAGCGGAGAGGGGCCUGAUUGUCUAUCAGUUGGAGAACCAGCCGUCCGAGUUCAGGAGGAUAGAAUCCCCGCUGAAACAUCAGCAUCGGUGUGUGGCUAUUUUUAAAGACAAACAGAACAAGCCAACUGGAUUUGCUCUCGGAAGCAUUGAGGGGAGAGUCGCCAUUCACUACAUCAAUCCUCCAAAUCCUGCCAAGGAUAACUUCACCUUUAAAUGCCAUCGAUCCAAUGGGACCAACACUUCUGCCCCUCAAGACAUCUAUGCGGUCAACGGCAUCGCCUUCCACCCGGUGCACGGCACCCUGGCCACCGUGGGGUCUGAUGGCCGCUUCAGCUUCUGGGACAAAGAUGCCAGAACAAAACUCAAAACUUCAGAGCAGUUAGAUCAGCCGAUAGCAGCCUGCUGCUUCAACCACAACGGGAACAUAUUUGCGUAUGCCUCCAGCUACGACUGGUCCAAGGGACAUGAAUUUUAUAAUCCUCAAAAGAAAAACUACAUUUUCCUGCGGAAUGCAGCUGAAGAACUGAAGCCCAGGAAUAAGAAGUAGCGGCCGGAGGCAUCAGGCCGUCCUCUGCCCCAACGGUGAUGGGGCGUCAGCACGGACACGGGUCUCACUCCCUGGAGAAAAUGAUGUCAUUGUUGAGCAGCCGUGAGCACGGCCCCUGCAGCACUCGCCUGCUCCCCUCCACUGCCUGCCGGGGUUUCCCUGCCACACCGAGGAGACUGCCGUUCUGUACAAGUUAGCACCAGGGACACUGCAGUGCGUCCUCCAGCCCCAUGGGUGUUCGAGAGUGUGGGAAGCAGCCUGAGCCCUGUACUGUACUUUGUAAUAAACUGUUUUGCAGAUUG